UCCUCCUAUUUCCCACAUCUACCUAGAAGAGAAGGAACAAAGGCAAUAAACACAAGAGAUUUUCUCUUCUCUCUUUCUCUCAAAGAAACAAAAAAGUCAUAUUAUCUAUCAUGAAAAACAUAAGGCCAUGGCUUGCUCUCUUCGUGCUAGCCAUGGCGAUCACCAUGGUAGCCGCUGAAGCUUCUAAAGUUCACGAAUUUAGCUUUCACCACGGCGUCAGCGUGGGUGACCUCAUCGGCGAAGACAACGAGAUGAUGAUGGAUUCUGAGUCAAAUCGUCGAUCCCUUGCCGGGAGGAAAAAAUACAUUAGCUAUGGUGCACUAAGGGCUAACCGAAUCCCAUGUGGUCGUCGUGGACAAUCUUACUAUGAUUGCCAGAAGAGACAACGGGCAAACCCUUAUCGUCGUGGUUGCAAUAGAAUCACACAUUGUGCCAGAAACACUGGUUAACUGAUGCCAAACAAAUCAUGGAACAUAUAUAUGCAUUUAUUGGUACAAUAUAUAAUAAUAAUUAUAUAAUAAUAUUAUGGCUAUUUCAUUUUUUUUCAAGGAUGAGUUGAU